UGCUCCUCGACUUCUGGAAGCUGAGAUAAAUGAGAAAGAUUGGCAGUUGGCUAAGAAUUAUCUGAACCAACUUUACCAACUUAAAGAAACACCUGCAAGCAUCAUGAGGAAGCGUCAAUACCAUGAAGCGAAUGAUAUAUUAUCACCGAAGAUUAGGAAAAUGCAAGAAUAUUUUGGCCUGAAGAUAACUGGCUCAUUAACUUCUGAAACUCUGGAAGUAAUGAAAAAGCCUCGAUGUGGAGUUCCUGACAUUGCCGAAUAUAAUCACUUCCCAACUAAAAAUAAAUGGGAAAAGAACAACGUAACAUACAGGAUUUUAAACUAUACACCAGAUAUUCCAGCUGCUAAGGUAGAUUUCGCGAUCGAGAAAGCUUUUGAAGUUUGGAGCGAUGUCACUCCCUUAAAAUUCAGCAGAAUCUAUGAGGGAGAAGCUGAUAUCAUGAUCACAUUUGCGGCUCAAGAACACGGUGAUAAUUACCCAUUUGAUGGACCUGGAAGUUUACUGGCCCAUGCCUUUCCUCCAGGCAAAGGGAUUGGAGGGGACGCUCACUUUGAUGAGGAUGAAACUUGGACAACAGGAUCAAAUGGAUAUAACCUUUUUCUUGUGGCUGCCCAUGAGUUUGGCCAUGCUUUGGGACUUGCUCACUCUCAGGAUCCUGGGGCACUGAUGUACCCAAUGUACACAUACUCAACAAUGAAAGGGUUCCGCCUCUCCCUGGAUGAUGUUGAAGGAAUCCAGGCUCUGUAUGGUUCGUCAAAUAAGGAGUAUACCCCACCAGCAAAAACCCCCGAAGUCUGUGAUCCUUACUUGCACAUAGAUGCUGCUGCUACUCUUCGUGGAGAGAUAAUACAUUUUAAGGAUGGGUUUUUAUGGAGGACCCAUCCACGACAACCUACUGCUGAGCUGAGUUUAAUAAAGUCAUUCUGGCCAAAGCUUCCUGCCAAAAUUCAUGCUGCGUAUGAAAAUCAUGCAAAUGGUUUACUCAUUGUCAUUAAGGGAAUGAAAUACUGGGCCAUUAAUGGCUAUGACGUUUUGCCAGGAUAUCCAAAGUCCAUCUAUGAAUUUGGUAUUCCAAGAUACGUCAGGAAAAUAGAAGCCGCUUUUCAUAUUAAGAAGACUUCAAAAACAUUAUUCUUUGCAAAGGGGCAGUAUUGGAGUUAUGAUGAAAUUAAACAGACGAUGGAUGAAGGUUACCCACGCCGCAUUGUGGAUGACUGGCUAGGAGUUCCUUCUAGGUUGAAUGCAGCAUACGAACUUCAUGGAUAUGUUUUCUUCUUCCAUCGAUCAUCUCUGUUAAUCUUCAACCUGAGUGAGCAACGUGUCAUUGAAGUACGUCGAAUCAAUUCAGAAUUGGGAUGCUAAAUACCUCAAUUUAUCUACCAGUCAUUAUAUGAUUUAAUUUUAGCAAUUUUGCUAAGAAAGAUUGCUUUUUGGCCCUUAAAUAGUUACGAACAAACAAAUCAGAAUAUAGACAAGAGAAUAUCUGCAGAUGCUAGAAAUCCAAGCAACACACAUAACAUAAAACUUGAUAAUCUGAUAACCUUAGGAUAUCAGCAGAAUAGCCCAGCAGAUCUUCUGGACUGUAGUAUGUCACUCUUGCUAAUAUCCCCACACAGUUUUAUUUCACAUUUUUUAAUGAUGCGCAGUACUAUUUAAUAAGUUUUCCAGGAAACAUCACAAGGAAUGUGGGAAUCAGGGGCCUGGUGAGUUUCAGCUGACUUCUAUCAAUGGGUCUAUGAGUGUAGCGCUGAGUGAAACCAAUAUUACCCUCAAGAUUUCUGAACAACUGGAUCACAGAAUAUUGCGGCUUUAGUAAUUGUUGCAUUGAAGCAAUUCUUGUUUACAUUUGGACAGUUUGAGUAAUUUAAUAUUAUUCUAUUUCAUAUACAUCAUAUUUAUUGUCCUGUCAGGUGCAUUUCUUGUCUGCAUCAGUUUAAUAUUUAUUUAUAACUUUAAUAUUUAUUCUCUAACACUUAAAAAUGUUGUUGUUCAUGUUUUGUGAGAUAUUUUAUUCAGUAAGAUCCAAGUAUUAUGGAGGCAGAUAAGGGUUAAAUUCCUUUUGCUUGUUAAGUUCAACAGAAAUGACUCAACUUAUAAAAAGUGGUGGAAUGUAGGAAACCAGGUCCCAUCACUUUUCAUCUAAUAUAUCAGGGAAAAAAACAAAGUUGGAUGUAACUUUACUUCCUUACUGAUACUAUGAGCAUUUUGUCUAAGAUGAGUUGUAUUUGGACAUAUUUAUAAAUACAAUAAAUCUGAA